AUGGCUGUCGAUAAUUCCACUUUCGAGACGAUAAACCCAUCUGCUUUCACCACUUUCACUUUCCCCAACCCUUCCCCCUCCGCCGCCGCAUCUCUCCUCCGCGUUGCCGUCCUCGACUCGCCUCUCCAACCCGCCGCCGACCCACCCCGAGUCGCCGCAAUGCUCGUCCCCAAACACCGCCACUCCGACUGGAUAUUCUCCACCCUCUCCGGCCAUCUCCAGCUCCUCUCCUCCUCCCCCGCCUUCUCCCGCCUUAUUCUCGUCGGCGACAGCUCCCCCCACUCGCCGCCUAUCUACCGCCGUCCCCUCAAAGACGACGACGAAGAACUCGGGGUGAGCCUCCAACCUCUCUUUCUUGCCUUGUCUCCCAAAUCUUGCUUUAAACACGGCAUUCCUGAGGUACCCAUUUUGAGAUACCAAGAUAAUCUGAUUUCUAGUGUGGUUUUGGAGAUAUGUGAUGGGCCUUUUGUUGGUGAAAUGGUGGUGGAGGAUGUCGAGAUUGGUUGCGGCGGUGAGGCUUCGAAGAGGGAGUUCAGGAGGCGUUUGAGGUUUAAAAGAAUGCCCAAUUUGGUCCAGACUGAGGUUCGUAUUGUUCCCAAAAUGGGGUUUGGUUUGGAUUGUGUGGGAAUUGGACAAGUUGAGUUUAGGCUAGAUGAUAGUGUUUUAGUGCAUUCUUAUCUGGUUCCUAUGGUGGCAAGUCUUAGCCUGGCUGCUCCUUAUAUUGAGGGAAGGAUUCGAAGUGGGGCAAGGCCAAAAGCUUUGUGUUUAGGAGUUGGGGGUGGGGCCUUGCUUGGGUUCUUGAGAACCCAGUUGGGUUUUCAGGUUGAGGGUGUGGAAGCCGAUGAGGAGGUGCUAAGGGUUUCUAGGCAGUAUUUUGGACUGGAAGAUGGUGAGCACAUCAAUGUUCAUGUUGGAGAUGCAUUGGAAGUUAUAGAUAAGCUGGCUGGUGCUUGUCAGGUAGAGGAAGGUUGUGAUGUGGGCAGUGGCAAUGAUGUUGAUACUAAAUUUGAUGUGAUUAUGGUUGAUUUGGAUUCAAGUGAUGCUAGGGACGGUCUAAUUGCUCCGCCAUUGGAGUUUGUUAGGAAGCAUGUCCUUUUGUCGGCCAGAUCAAUUCUCUCUGAUCAUGGAAUCCUAGCUGUAAAUGUCAUUCCUCCAAAUACAUCUUUUUACAAGACAUUGAUCCAUACAUUUGAAGAUGUUUUUAAUGAGUUAUACGAAAUAGACGUGGGAAAUGGGGAAAAUUUUAUUCUUGUUGCUGUUGCAUCUCCUCUAAUGCCUCCCAGUGAUCGUGAGAACUGUUUCCUCAACAGACUAGGAAAAGCUAUAUCCGGGGUGUACUUGAAUUCAAUAAAGAAGAUCUAA